CGGAAAUGUAUCCUAUAUAUGUGAGGCUGCCUUUCUAAUUAGAGAUCGUCCGAUCACCGCGUACAGGACCCAAGCUGUCCCCAAAAAGAUGCAGGCAAUCCAACUCCUUUCCCGGGGGCUGAUGGCACUGAUGCUCAGUGGCCUAUCCACUGCCAAUUUUCAUCCGGGUCCAGCAUUCAAUGCCUCGGUACUUCGCUGGGAAUGGGAGCCUAAGCUAGAGCCGCUCUCCAAUGGAGAUGUUGGUCAAUAUCUGAAUCUCUCGUCUGGUGUUGAUAUUUGGUACACAACAAUGGGACCAAAGAAGUCAAGACAUACACCAGUCCUCAUACUCCACGGCGGUAUCGGCAACAGCAACCAGAUGUACCAGCAAGCAAACAUGCUGGCCCAGACCAGACGAGUUAUUCUACAAGACACUCGAGGCCAAGGUCGUAGUCCAUAUGCCAACUUUGACGGAUUCCACUACGACGAUUUCACUCGCGACGCUAUCGCCUUACUCGACCAUCUCGACAUCCCGCGCGUUGCAGUCCUCGGCUGGAGUGAUGGCGCUAUUACUGGACUCGACCUAGCAAUGAACUACUCCUCCCGUAUUGAACGGGUGUUUGCCCACGGCGCUAACAUCCAAGCAAACCAGAGUAUCCCCGGCACAAACGAUCCAAUUAUCAACUCGAAGUCUGGGAGUUUUGACGCCGACUUCGCUACCAACGGUACUACGUUUUCCACGGAUUCCUCUCGCCUACGAAAGCGGGAGGAUUCCGACCCGUACAGCUGCGAGGCACUUAGUCCUCUACCUUCUCGUUGUGCAGCUAUGUACGAUGGUAUCAGCCUUAUGUGGGUAACCGAACCCAGUUGGGGCCCCAAGGAAAUGGCUAGGAUCAAGUGCCCAGUCUGGAUCGUCGAUGGAGACCACGAUAUCGAAGUCCAGAGAAAUCAAGCGGACAGUAUAGCUGCAUGGAUCCCUUAUGCCGGUCAAUUGAUUUUGCCGCAGCUUGGUCAUGCGGCUCUCCUUCAAGAUCAUGUUUUCUUCAACUUUGCGGUUCAAUACUUCAUGGAUAUGAAAUUCGAAGGUACCGCCCCUGUAUAUUAGGCGACUUGCUUCAUGCUUUCUUUUGGAUUUGGUUCACUCGAGACAGGGGGAGAUUUUCGAUACCGAAUGUGUUCCUCGCCAGGAAUAUGGAGAUUCCGGACUUUCUAGUCAACCUAAGACUGGUCCGACCCAUGAUCAUCCCCCCACCCUCCUAUUCCAAAACCUUCCCCUUUCGGUAGUUGUACUACUUACCACGAGUAGUGAUUGCAAAUAGGUGGUAGUUGAGUUUUUAUGACGAUGUUCUCCCAUUUCUUGAAUAGCUACAAAUGUAUACAUCUCAGGAUGUGAGACGGGUUUCGAGGAAUACAUGGCAUUGAUUUCGUGCAGGCCUACGCCUAGGUGGAGCAAGAAAUAUAUAUCUCCUCAAAAUGAGAUUUUAGCGUCCAUAUCUCAAGACAUUUGCAUUGAUCAGCUC